AUGAAACGACUAAAGAAUGCUACAGAUGAGAAUAAAAAUUUGCGCGAAACUAUUGAGCGACAAAAUCAGCUGGAGGCUCAGUUGGAAAGCCAAUGCAAGAAUUUAAGACUCGCACUCUCAGAAUUGGAGCUCAAAUAUUCGCAUAAUGAGCAGCAGCGGACUGAUCUUGAGAGAAAGUUAAAAGAUGCGGAAGAACAGAAUGCUCUUCAAUUUGGCUUGCUUACAGACUCGAGAAAAAAUAUGCAGGCCCAGCAAUUGGAAUUGGAAGUUUGGCAUGCUAGCGCUCGGCUUAAAGAUACAGAGGACCAGCUCGAGUUAACAGAGCAGGAGAAAAGGGAACUGCAAUUCAAAAUUCGUGUGUUAGAAGACAAGCUCAAAUGUACCAACGAACUCGCAAUCAGUGAUGCAGAAACUGCUUCGGAGCCACAAAUAACGCUGGCUGCCUACAAACAAAAUCCUCCACAAAGCAUUGCAGACGAACUUGAAACUGCAUUGACUAGUUUCACCAGCAACCACCAGCAAAUGCCAGUCAGAAGUGUGCUUAUUGACGUUCGUCCAUUGCAGAAGCAACUUCAAAUAUGCUCCUGUACUGUUUUCAGCAUUGAGACGCCAGAACAAGUGAAUGUGGCGUCGGAGCAAUUCAGGGAACCCUCAUGCACACAAAAGUGGUUCGCUGAGCACCUGCAAGACCACAUCGUGGUGCUGGUUGUUGUUACGUGCACGAUUUUGCUCCUCUCCACCUUUCUGCCCUGCUCCGUGGAGUUCAGGCACAUUCGCCAAGAAAAAGCAGACUGCGGUUGGACCGUCCCACGUUUUCUUAAUUACCUGCUUGGAGUUCGUGUUUUGCAACUGCCGGGACCGCCUCCUCCAACCUAG